AUGGCGACACAGAUAAUGCCGACCGCAGAGACCACGGAGGAGCAGCCGCAGGUGACGAUUGUCAAGCUGCCUGGCGGAAAGCCUGACCAGAAGCAUCACAAUGCGGAAAUUGAGAAGACCAAGGCUGAAAUUGACAAGGUCCGGCAAAAGCUGACGAAUGUACGCGCGGCGCUGAACGGCGAAGGGCUCGCUGAUAUGCCCGCGGGCAAGCGGCGUGCGGAGCUGCGCGCCGAGCUGGAUGGCCUUCGCUCGCAGCAGGCGGGUAGCAAAGGCUCGCGCGGCAAGGUGUUUGACGAAAUCAAGACGCUGCAGGAUGAGAUUGCGGCUAAGGUCAAGGCUUUGCAGGCAGCCAAAACCAAGGCGCCGUACAAGUCGACCUCGGAGCUUGAUGCGCAUGUUGCGCAGAUCGAGGCGCAGAUUGAGGCGGGCUCGAUGAAGAUUGUCGAGGAGCGCAAGGCGCUGAACGAAAUCUCGGCGCUAAAGCGCGCGCGAAAGCCUAUGGAGCAGCUCGGCGAGCAACAAGUGCAGAUUGACAAGCUGCGUACCCAGGCCGAGCAGCUGCGUGGCACGCUGAACGACCCCGAGAGCCAGGCAUUGAACAAGCGCUACGACGAGAUCAAGCAGGAGCUCGACGCGCUUAGCAAGGAGCAGGAGAAGACGGUAGGUAGCCGCAGCAAGCUGCUCGCCCGGCGCACUGCCUUGUCCAAGGAGCUGGACGACUUGCACCAGGCACGCCGCGAUCGGCUCACCGCUUACCACGCCGAGAACGACAAGUACUACGCAAAGAUGACUGCCGAGCGCGAGCGCCGUCAGGAUCAGUACAAGCGUGAGCGUGAGGAGGCUGAAAAGCUGAAGCAGGAUCACGAGGAGGUGCAGAUGCGUGAGGACGCGGCACUGCCUGCGUUUGCAAAGGAAAUUGAGGACUGCGAAGUGCUGAUCCGCUACUUUGGCGGCAACAUGGAGGCGCCCUCCGAUGCGCCUGUUGCACCUUUGCGCAGCGCCAAUAUCCCCGGCGUGGCUCAGCCGCGUACCACGGAGACAGAGGUGCCAGAAGGUGCAGUCAUUGUCAAGAAAGACGAGGAGGACUACUUUGCCGGUACGAAGAAGAAGGCUGGCAAAAACAAGAAGAACAAGGGUGCAAAGCAGAGCGAGGGUGCUGACGAGGCUGGCACGCUGCAAGUGCCGUUCGGCAUGCUCUCCGCGUUGCUCACGCUCAGCAUUCCGCCGCCAAUGAACCAUGCCGACUUGCCGCGUGUCGUGGACAAUGUAAGACUGAAGCGCGAGUACUUUGUCUCGAACCAGGAGCGCUUUACAAAGGAGAAUAUGGAGAAGGCCGAAAAGCGCAUUGCCGAGCUAAAGGCGAUGCGUGCGGCGUAG